AUGGCCACCGAAGAUACGAUACCUAAAAUAACCUUGCAUUGGCUAGAGGUGUCCCGAGCGCACAGGAUACUCUGGUUGCUCGAAGAGCUGGAGAUUCCAUACUCCUUGGAAACAUACAAGAGAGGAUCAGAUAAGCGAGCGGAUCCCAGACUCAAAACUAUACAUCCUCUAGGCAAGUCGCCUGUGGUGACAAUCGACCGGAAAGAUGGACGAGAUCCUCUAGUCCUUAUCGAAUCUGCGACUAUUAUCGAGUAUCUUUGCGACCACUACGGUAAAUGGCUAGUCCCGGCACGAUAUCCUGAAGGCAAGGAUGGCGAGGUUGCGGAGGAGACUGAUGCCUGGAUUCGAUAUAGAACCUUCAUGCACUACGCGGAAGGCUCUUUGAUGCCCCUGAACUUGAUCACCUUAUUGAUGCAAGGAAUCAAACAGUCUUCGGUACCGUUCUUCAUUAGGCCAAUUGUGAAUGGCGUGGCGGACAAAGUUACCUCUAUCUUCCUCAAGCCGAACUUCGAAACACACUUCAAGUGGAUCGAGUCACAGCUGGCGACUUCAGGAGGGGAGUAUUUGUGCGGCAAGGACCUGAGCGCUGCCGAUAUUCUCAUGUCCUUUCCAUUGGAAGCUGGAAAGGGACGUUCGGGAUUGACCAAGGAAGAUUGUCCCCGGAUUUGGGAUUAUGUUUCCAACCUAUACAAGCGAGAAGCAUAUAAAAGAUCUAUCGCCAAGAUCGAAGCCGUUGAGGGGAGCUUCAAGAGCAAUCUUUAA